GUGGGGCUGGCGCUGAAGCCGGAUCCGGAUCCAGUGCUGUAUACCCGGGUGGGUGAGAGUUCGACAAGGCCUGGAGAGGAGCGCCAACUGCGGCCCUCUACGGCACCCCACAGCGGUCAGGAGCCACUUGAGGACAUGAUUCGGCUCCGAAGAACACCUCCUGGGCUGACUAAGUUGGGGUUUUCAAUGUGCGAAAGACCGACAUCCUUUGUCUCUUCCCGCGACUUCUACCCCUAGGAACACUGAACCUUACUGCAACGAUGAAACCUGAUGAAACUCCUCUCUUUGACCCAAGUCUACUCAAAGAAGUGGACUGGAGUCAGAAUACAGCUACAUUUUCUCCAGCCAUUUCCCCAACACAUCCUGGAGAAGGUUUGGUUUUGAGGCCUCUUUGUACUGCUGAUUUAAAUAGAGGUUUUUUUAAGGUACUAGGUCAGCUGACAGAGACUGGAGUUGUUAACCCGGAACAAUUUAUGAAAUCUUUUGAGCACAUGAAGAAAUCUGGGGACUAUUAUGUUACUGUUGUAGAAGAUGUGACUUUAGGACAGAUAGUUGCUACAGCAACUCUGAUAAUAGAACAUAAAUUCAUCCAUUCUUGUGCUAAGAGAGGAAGAGUAGAAGAUGUUGUUGUUAGUGAUGAAUGCAGAGGAAAGCAGCUUGGCAAAUUGUUAUUAUCAACCCUUACUUUGCUAAGCAAGAAACUGAACUGUUAUAAGAUUACCCUUGAAUGUCUACCACAAAAUGUUGGCUUCUACAAAAAGUUUGGAUAUACAGUAUCUGAAGAAAACUACAUGUGUAGGAGGUUUCUAAAGUAGAAAUCUUUUAAGAAAGACAUUUGUUAAAGGAGCUAGUUUAACAAGGUUAUAUAUUCUCUUCCUGGGGUAUAAAAUAUUUUGUUGCUGCCAACUCAGUGACCUCCAUAAAUACUGGAUUGAGAAAAAUAUUGUAAUACACAAGUAUAAUGACAGAUUACUUUGGGCUGGUGGGACAUGCUGUGAGUUUAGAUUACAAAUGCAUAUUAUAAAGGGGAUGAUUUUUAACCAAAGGAGUAUAUUUUUAACUUGAAUCUUUUCUUGCAUUGUAUUUUUCUAAAGUUUGGCUUCAUUUCUUAGUAGUCAGAGUAUAGGUAGUAAGGAGUUAUGUGUCUGCUAUCUGUACUGCUUGUUAAAAAUAACAUACAAUGAAUAAGGCUAUUUAUUAUCACAUUCAUAAAAUUAAUACUUUUGUUUCAAAGAAAUAUAUUUAAAUACCAAUUAGGGCUAUAUCAUUUCACAUAUACUACAUGAAAUUGGAUGUUAGAUAUAUUAUAACUAAUGUAGGACAGACCAACAUUUGUCAAUCUUAGUAUCAUACCGACAAACAACCUGGUCAGCCUUUAAAAGAAGUAAAAUAAAAAUUAACAUAAAAAAUGUGACGAUUUAAAUGUACAUCUGAAAGCUGAUGUAAAUCUAGUGUAGCUAAAGUACCAUCUGUCUCGUACCAUGUGAAAAACAAUAAUUACUCAUUUGUUUAAAAUAUCUAAGAAGUACUUUUUAACAGUAAAUUAGUAAAUUCUGGCACAUUAUGUAUUUCUAACCUGAUUUCUCAUCUUCCCAUGGGUGUGUGAAGCCCCUCUUCUGAGUAACAUUUUUAUGAAGAAGAGAUUACAAAAUUGAGUGGAAUAUUUUAAAAUGUAUCAUACUACUUUUAUUACAUUCUAAAAAUGUUGAUGGAAGCUUUUCUAUUUAAUGUGAUUAUAAUGGUACUAUUAUUCUGGUCACUCCUGUUUGAUUUUAUUUAUUUUAAUUAUUUUUUAAGUUGAAAUAAGAAUUAGACACUUUAUUAAUGGUUCUAAUCUUUUGCAUUCCAUGUUACAUUAAACCUGUUCAUGUAAUAGUCUUUUGUUAGAACCCUAAUGUUGUCUGUGUUUUUCUUGAGUUGUCUAUUGAACUGUUCAAGUCAUGGUUCAUAAAAUUGUAGUUUUGUGUACUCUUUGUGAAAGGAGCUUAGAGGAGUUGCCUCAAGGCUCAGAGAGUUAAGGAUCCAGUGUUGUCACUACUGAGGCUAUGGUUACAGCUGUGACACAGGAUCAGUAACUGGCCCAGGGACCUUCUGUAUGCUGCAGACACAGCCAAAAACCAAAGCAAAAUAAAAUGGAACUAGAAAGUAAAGACCACCUGUUUCUCUUCCCUUUGACUCAGCUACACCUACCUCAACUAGAUUUCAGAUUUCCCUCCAUGCAGUAGAGCUAGUUUGCUUUCUAAAACAACAGAAAUUCUUCAACAGUAGAGAGCACACUACUUAUCUGCUGAUGACUUAGGCAGAUGCAUUGAUCUGUUCCCUAGUAAAAGCAACAGAGCUAGUUUUGCUUUUUCAGGAGUCCUACAACCUUGGUAACAGUAGCUUUAUUAGGUACAUUCUAGUAAUUAAAAGCCCAUGUUUUAAAAAAUAAACCUGGAGUUCCCCUUGUGGCUAAACAGUUUAUGAACCCAACUAGUAUCCACGAGGACACAGGUUCAAUCCCUGACCUUGCUCAGUGGGUUAAGGAUUCAGCACUGCCAUGAGCUGUGAUGCAGGUCACAGACGCAGCUCAGAUGACAUGGCUGGUGGCUGUGGCCAGGAGCUACAGCUCUGGUUUGAUCCGCAACUUUGUGGUUCCUAGUCGGAUUUGCUAACCACUGAGCCAUGAUGGGAACUCCAAAACUAAAUGCUUAAUUAGGAGUUCCUGUUGUGGCUCAGUGGUUAGCGGAUCUGACUAGUAUACAUGAGGACUUGGGUUCGAUCCCUGGCCUUGCUCAGUGGGUUAAGGGUCUGGCAUUGCCGUGAACUGUGGUGUAGGUUGUAGACACAGCUCAGAUCCAGCGCUGCUGUGGUGUAGGCCGGCAGCUACAGCUCCAAUUCAACCCCUAGCCUGGAAACCUCCAUGCGCCUUGGGUGUGACGCUACAAAGACAAAAAACAAAACAAAAAAAUGCUUUAUUACAUUUCUUUUUCCUGAACGAUUUGAAAUAAAACUAUCUACAAGGUUGGUAUUUCAAUAAAUACCUUUAAAUAGUGUUCUUAAGGUCUUUCUUAAAUCCCCCCAUAGGAAAUAGUUAUAGGUCAGGUAUAGUGUAUAAAAACUGUGUCACUGAAGAAACUGAUGACCUGUAUUUAGCUUUAGUUAACCAGAAUAGUUUGAUUUUUUUUUGUUUGGAUUGGUUUUCCUUUGGCCACGCCUAUGGCAUGCAGAAAUUCCAAGGCCAGGGAUCAAACCCUGCCACAGCAGUGACCCCCUUCCACAAAAGUGACAGCACCAGAUCCUUAAUCUGCUGGGCCACCAAGGGAUGACCACAAUAUUUUAUUUUGGGGCCACACCCAUGGCAUGUAGUUCCUGGGCCAGGGUUUGAACCAACACCACAGCUGUGACCACACUGGAUCCUUAACCCACUAAACCACAAGGGAACUUACCAUAAAAAUUAUUUUUUAAUUUCUUUUGGCUGCCUCUGUGGCAUAUGGAAGUCCCAGGUCAGGGAUUGAACCCACGCCACAGCAGUGACAAUGCUAGAUCCUUAACCUGCUGAGCCACCAGGGAAUUCAUGAUUUUCUAAAGCAUGUUGUGAGUAAACUUGAGUAUGAAAAAACUGCAUAAAACAUCCCAAUAUAUAUAUAUAUAUUUUUGAUUUUGAAAAGAUAUAAUGAAGUGGCAGUUGUGAUUUUUACUUUGCUCCAUAUAUUUUAUAUAUUUGUAUUUUCACUGGGUCUAAGCUGCACAUUUUUUUUAAUGCUGUAAUAUUUGGAAAUCUGGAUGCAUUUUAUGAUCAAUGGCUUGUCAUAGUUUAUGCAGCAGUAUUUUUUGCCUUUUAGUAGGAUCUAAAAGUGUAGUGAUCGUAAUGACGAUAGAUUUGGUAAAGAAUAUUAUGUAGGUAGGCUAACAACAGGAAAACUAAAAGCAAGAAGUAUUCCUUAAUAAGUUUGAAGCUAUUCUAUGGAUGGAUUGCCUUAACCUUUCCUUCAAACACAAAUUCCCUCACUUUCAACUCCAACCUUGUUCAACUAAUCGUUAAAAAUAUACUUGGGCUGAAAUUUGGGCAUUCCAUGUACUAAUCAAAAUUUUUAUAUGUGCUUCUCAAUACUCAAUGUUCAUUCAUCCUUAAUCUGUGUGAGACUAAAACUGGAUUAUUUUUAUCUAGAAGUCAACAAUCUAAGUAAAGAAAUUCUGAGGCAUAAGCAGUAUAAAUGAGCUUUUCAAUCUUUUUGAGGUAUAAUGGCACAACAGUUUUAAUACAACCAUCAAUCUUCACAAAAUAAUUUUAAUACUUUGUGCCUGAGCUAGCAGCAUCUUGCACUGUGACAUUCCUAUACAUACAUAAGCAUUUUAUCCAAGUACAAAUGUUAAAAGCAGACUUAAGCAAUUGCCUAUACAAAGGUAAAUAGACACUGUAGGUUUUCUUCUUGAAUCAUUUUUGCUGCAUAGUAAAUUGCAAUUACAUGUCAGUACAAUGUUACUGAUCUAUAGAAUACAUCUUGAACUGUGAGGUAUGGCAGCUCCCUAUGAGAGAGAGCAAACAUGUAAACCUGAAUAUUUUGAGUGAUUUUUUUUUUUUUUUUAGCUGCCAUGGAUGGAUAAGACAAAGAAUCCAGCAUUGAAAGACCCUAGAAACUUAUUUUUCUAAAUUAAUUAAAAGAAAAAAAAAACUUUCAGCAAUUUUCAGCUAUUUCCUAUCAUUUCCUUGUUGGAGCACUGAUAAAUGAACAAAAUAAACAUUGAUGUGAAGCUAGGUUUGUUAUGGAAUUAUGGAUUAAACAGUUAUUUGAAAAAAAAAAAAAUCCGCCAGGUAACUGCUCAUUUACUUUACAUCAAGUUGAGAUUUUGAUAUAUAACUAUAUAUAUAUCCCAACUUUAUAAUUCAAGAUUGCAGUUAAAUACUUCUAAUUCACUUGAAUUAUCAUGGUUAAUAACACAAUUAGAAACCUUAUAUUUUCUUUAAAAGGACAUGCUUAACAUUUUCUGACACUACUUUUAAACUCAGAUAAAGCACAAAAUCCUCCCAAAAUGAAUAUUCUGUGCUGAAAGUGGUUGAGAGUUGGUAGCAAAGCUAUCACAGCUUAACAUUUCCACCACAGAGUAGAGAUAAAUAAAGGUAACUGCUACUUAGACAUGUGAUAAGAAAUUAACAUUAACCAAUGAAUUAAAAUUAGAAAAUAAGAAAACUGCCAUUCCAGUUUGAAUAUUUUCCAUAUUUAAGUUUCAUACUUUCAAAAUGGAAAAUAAAGGAAUUUCCUUUGUUGCACUAUUUUAAAUUCUGUGCCCAGAUUAAUGUUUAAAAUUGAGUGCUAUGUUACACAUUAUUCAAAUAUUCUAGAAAAUAAAUCAUGAUUGGUUAAAUGUACUGUAGUUAACCAUCACAAAACAUCAGUGGAAAACAAAAGAAAUACAGAAAUGGAACCAAAUAGAAGAUUAGGAAGAACUACCAGAAGAACAAGCUGAACAUUAGGUAGAAUAAAUUGCAGUGUUCUUAUAUGAAAGAAUAAACUUUUUGUCCAUUUUAGUUUGUACUCAAGAUGGCAGUCCUUUCCUAGUGUUUGUGAGAGAUGGUCUUUAAUAUACAGUGCUGGGCAGGCACUUUAGUGACAACAUAAAGAUUACAGUGGUUAGAAAAAGUGGAAAAUUACCAACCAUAAAUUAAUAACCAAACCUAUAUUCUUGGGCAGACUACUGGAGGAGAGAUGUGUAUUUAAGAAAUUAACUUAGAAAAUCUUAACUGUCUCAUUUUUAAAACCUAAAUGUACUUAUUACAAAGAUUCUUUUAAGCAGUUUUUGCUGGAUGAAGCAUCAUAAAUUAUUAGUUUGCAAAAGAGAUCUUUGCUGACCUAUCCAAUAGUGAUCUAUAUACAGGAAAGCUGUGUUAUCUGGCACUUUACCAACUGGAAUUUCUGAACACUCAAUGCAAAUCUUGACUAUACUAGACCACCACACCCAAUGACCUAAUCACACGACAGAAUACAAGACCACUAUGGGAUUGACAAUCUAGUAUUUUUAGGGUGGUGAAAUAGGAGAAGGGAAGGGAAAUCAGAAAAGGAAUACCACCUGUGUCAACAGGCAUUAACGCUUAAUUAACAAAGCAGUUUUUUGAUUCACUUCCACUCUCCUGCUAUGCUGGAUAAAAAAGCCUUUACUGUGUCAUUACAUCUUAGGAAGGAAAGCAAAGUUAGGUAACUUGGUGUAGUAGGUUACCUUGCAUAGUACCUCUUGGUACCAAGGGAAUGUAUGGAAAUCAUUCCCAUCAGUAAAGCACCUCAAGAGAGGACUGAGAAAAGUGAGAUACAAAGGAGUUUUGUUUGUGCUACCCUAAAUCAUCAACUAUAAAAGUUAAAAACACUCCUCUCCUUCCCAACAUCAUACUUAAAAUAGCAAAAUGUUUUUCUUAGAACAAUUUUUAUAAGUAUAAAUAAAAACAUGGAGAACCUAGGAUCCAUAAAGUGACUUUGCUAAUGCAAAUUAUGGGGGAAAUUUGGAUUAACUCAAUGUAAAGAAUUGUUUACAACACUAAUUUAUUUAGUGUUAGAAACCAUAUUUUAGUUUCUAAAUACACUAAAAUCUUUCAUAAUCGCUUUUCCCCAAGAAAUACUCAAAGAGCUUCUGUCUGAGCCAGAACAACCUCACAGAAUCAUUAAGACAAAAUGAAAGAGUAGAUGUUUCAUAUUCCAAAUGAUUUACUAAACAUUUCUUCAAGCCUUAAGACUUUCAGUUUGAACUAAUUUAUGAUUUUAAAAAAAAGGGAAGAAGAAGAAAAAUGUUCAAAACUUUUCACUGUUCUACAUACUAAUUUAGAAGUCACAUAAGGAUUUAUUUAUUUUUCUAAUUAGACAAGGCACUUUUCUUUUUUGGGCUUUGUUUAGAAAAAAAUAGUGCUACAUUGGUUUAUUCUAUUUAGAACUAUUUUGGACAAAGAAAAAACAGGCUACACAACUUUGAAAAGAACAAAAACAACAUUUGGCUUUUAAGAAUGCUAAAGGAAACUCACUUGAAAGUUUAAAACUCUCCUUGUUUUUGAGCAUCUGGUAUUAUAAAACAAAACAUUUCCCUUUGCUCCUUACAUUUUUUUUCUAUAGAUUAAAAUUAGGAAGAUAACAGGAAAAGAAGCAAUACUUGGGUCAUGUUAAAGUAAGGACAGUUGGCAAUGUCAUGAUUUAAAGAUUAUUAAGAGAUCAAAAAGUUUAAAAAAAUAAAAGGAUAAUUAAGCUAUUGAAUUAUACUAAAAAAGAAAUGUGACAGAUUCCUGCAUUUGUUAAUGUUUCUGUAAGAGGCUCCAUCGUAAAAUUGAACCAUAAAAUUAUUUUUUAAAUGUAAUAUGUAGAACACAAAAUGAAUUUUUAGCAAACUUUAGGAAAUUCUUUUGUUAUAAAUUACCCAGAUUUUAUAAACAAAUCCCCCCUAACUUGCAUUUUGUUUAAAGUAAUAACUUUAUAUCAUACAAAUAAAUUUCAAGUAUGAAAGUGCAUUAUUGCAAUAAUACCUCUUUGCAAGUCCAAAAUUCUUGGUUUAUAAUAAAACUGUAAAGAAUUAAAAAAAAAAAAAAAA